CCCCUCGAGCUCUGUCGUAAACGCCCUUGAGUCCGGAUCCAUCAACGUGCGGCUGCCCUACUGGCUUCGGCACCGCAACGAGCGAUCUGCCCGGAUCCUGAGCGUGAACCUCAGGUGCUCGCCCCCGAACGCCCGGAUAUCAUCUCCUCUUCGCUGACGCACUCCCGCUCCUUGGCAUCGAUUUGCCUCACAAACCAGCCGUGCUAGAUCUGUCUACCGAUCUGAGGAACCCGCAGACCCUUGACGGAGCCGACGUCUCCUGAUCCGCACCUCAUCGGCGAAUCCCCCUGAACACCACACGCAAACGAGCAUCCCCGGUCAACCGGUCAUGGCCGACACCCCUUCCUCCUCGCAAUCUCCCCCCUUUCCUCCUUCGACGCACGGGCCACCCGUCCUUCCCCUGCGCUCGGCCCUCAAGCGUUCCACCUCCCGCCCAGACUCGGGUUCCAUCCACUCGUACUCCGGCGGCGCCUCCACCCCAUCCUUCGCCUCGCCCUCCUUCCGCCCCUUCGCCGGCCCGAACCUCGGCUCGACCCCGUCGCUCAACCUCCACCCGAGCUCGGCCGCGACCCCGCUCGGCUCGCCGAUGCACCCCGCGACCCCGCUGCCCGUCGCGGCCGGGUACCAGCCCAAGGUCUCGUUCGACACGUUUGAGAACGAUUCGGCGAGCAUGUUCUCGUACACGCUCCAGGUGAAGAGCGACGGUUACGUCCGCGGACGGAAUACGCGCGUUUACCUCUGCGCGGCGAGCAGCGACGCCAGCGGUAGCCAGGCCCUUGAUUGGGCAUUGGAGAACCUUGCACAGGAUGGGGACGAGAUCAUCAUCUUUCGCGGCAUCGACCAGGACGAUCUGGACAAGGAUCACGAAGUUGUACGCGAAGAAGCUCGUGAACUCCUGCGCCUAGUACAGGAGAAAUGCGUGGAGUACGACCCUGACCGCAAGUUAUCCAUUAUAGUUGAAUUCAUCGCGGGCAAGAUCACGGAGACCAUCGACCGGCUUAUCGCGCUCUACCGCCCAGAUUCGGUCGUAGUCGGUACCCGCGGCCAGCGCGGAAUGAUGCAAGCCUGGGGCGCCGCGUUCGGCGCGCCUGGCGUAGGCAGCGUAUCCAAAUACUGCCUCUCGCGUUCGCCGGUGCCCAUCAUCGUCGUGCGCCCGGAGAACAAGGUGCGCAAGGCGCAGGCAAAACGGCGCGCGAAUCCGAAGCGCGGGACUCACUUUACCAUCGACGAGCUCGCGGGCAAGGGAUCCCUGCGCGUCAAGGAGAAAUGAACGGAGAUGCCGUGAGCCUUCAGCUACGUGGACGGGUGCUCCGUCGGCACCGUUCGGUUUUGUGGCGGAUGUUGAUGGUGCAAGUGAGAUUGGCGGGCCUCGGUGCAACAUGUACAGUACAAGACACGGAUAUCAUAUAGCGCAGUCCGCGGAGUGUAGACGAUAACUGUACGGUUGUAAACUCCACGGGGAUGGGGACUGGUCUGGUGGCGUACCUGACCGUCUUUUUUGUGCCUCACCAGGAAUCUUAGGUGCUUACG